AUGGAAGCAACUGUGGAAGUAGAAGAUGAUGUUUUCUUUGCAGACUUAAGCAAACAAAUCUCUCUUCUGAUCAUGGAUGAUGAUGAAGACUCGCUUCAUGAUAAUUUUCCAUCUGUUAAUCAGGCCUUCACUCAGGCAAUCCAUCCAGCCACUCAAAUGCCAGUUCUUCAUCAGAAGACAUGCACAAAAGAACGUAAAGGGACUGGGGUUUUUAUUCCACGCUCUUCUCAUCCAGGAAGGAAGAAUAGGCAGGAAAGACAUACUAAAUUCCUCAGGCAUUCUGAUAUCUCGAGAGGGCUUCCUUAUGUCGCUCACAAUAAAAAUAACUAUAACGCUCCCAUACGAUUCACUUUACCCUAG